CUCAUCUGGAGCCCACGGCCACCAAUCCAGAAUGCAUCACGGUCGUAGGAAGUCGGGCCAUGGUGUGAGCAACACGUCCAUGACCGACGUCCGCCGGUCUGUCACCGCAACCGACCCUUCGCGCUUCAAGCGUCCUACAACGCUCUCGCGCAGGACAACACCAAACUCGUCAGCACAAAAGUUGGGCCGAAGCCCCAGGGAAAGGGAACGAGAAUGGCAAGAUUCCUACGAUGAGCGCGAGAGCUUUCCCCAAUUCUGCAUGGCUUGCGAAAAGCAAUUCCUUCCUCAUGACGACAAGUUCCUGUACUGCUCUGAAGCAUGCCGCUUGUAUGACCAAGAUGCGUAUGCGCAGGACGAUGCCUACAAGCGAGGUAUGUCGAGUGGCUAUGGGAGCCAUCAUGCGAUGUACUCGAUGGACUAUUCCGAGCCGAGAGACAUCAUUCCCCGUGCAUCUCCAUCCCGCCCUAGCUCGACCAACUUUUCUCCGCCAACAUCGCCUGGGACGAUGAGCAGCCAUUACCAGCAGCACCAUUCGUCGGCGAUUUCUGCGCUGCGAUCACUCAACGUCCAUCCGCCGAGCCCACCGUCGCCUGACGACUCACACCCGAGCCUCUGGCCCUUCAGCAAGACGGCAGCGACAAGUCCCAGCACCUCAUACAAACGUAGUGGGUCUGGUUUCUUCUCCUCAACGUACGACACAGGCUACGGAACUGCCGGUCACGGUUACAACUACAGCACCAGCGGCAUGGACAGGCCACUGCCAACACGAAGGCCCACCGGCUACUCGAGACCCAAGAGCAUUGAACUCGUUACCCCCAUGGUGGGGCGUUGA